AGGAAAAAACACCUAUGAGCUAGGUAUGACGAUUGCGGCUUCCAAGGUAAGUUUGCAGCUCUCACGGAGGCGUCUCACAAAAUGUAAAACUCAGCAAAUUUCUCUUUCUCUCUUUGUCCGCAUCACAAUCUUCUCAUUUCACUCUCACUCUACAGCAAUAGUCCCUAAAAGAGGAAACUGAGAAUCAUUCGCCAUCAAUUUCCCUUCUGACCUUUUUCGCCAUCACAUCCCUAACAUCAUGAUUCCUGCAAGAUCAUUAGCACGCUCGGGCUUGCCCAGAGCUACUGCUCGCACAUGCCGAGCCACGAAGCCUCAGACUCGUUUCCAGUCUAGCACAACGUCGUCCUCAGCCAACACCUCGGCCGGCAGUUCUCACAUUGGAGCUGGUGUGGCCGGUGGUCUCGCUGCCGCCACUGUCCUCUAUGGUGUCUACUACGUCAGCCCGGCAGGAAAGAUGUCGCGAGGUGUCAACAAGACAGUCAAGGAGGCAAACAACAAAUACCAGGCAGCUGCUCAGCAGCUCCAGCAGAACACUCCCAGUGCUGACGAGGCUAUCGAGUACGUCAAGAACUUCUGCUACUCAUACGUGGCAUGGAUCCCUGGAGGUCGCCACUACGUCGACUUGGCCUUCAAGGAUAUUGAGACUGUUCGCAAGAACAACCGCGAAGAAGCCGACAAGCUCGUAAACGACGCCUACAAGCAGUUCCAAGACUUGUCCAAGUCUGGUCUUAGCAUGGAGACUGCUUCCAAGGCUGCCGAAGUACUAGCUGAUCUUUCCAAGAAGCUUGGCAACCUCGCCGGGAACGCUUUCGAGGAUAUCAUUGAGAAUCACCCUGAGUUGAAGGAGAAGUUUGGCGGCAGCGUUGACCAGCUCAAGAAGCUGGGUGACCAAUAUGGACCCGAGGCUAAGAAGCAAGUCGAUGAGACAUGGAACCAGGUCCGUGACGUUCUCAGCGGCGGUUUGACUGCGGCAAACAUCAACAAGGUCCGACAACUAGUUCAAGAGAAGGUGGAGCAGGUUCAGAAGUUUGGUGAUGAGGCUUGGAAGAAGGGAUUAGAGCAGGCCAAGCCUUACCUCGACAAGAACCCCAAGGUGAAGGAGCUCAUUGAGAACAACGCCGAUGCACUGAAGUCAGGCAACGCCAAGGAACUUUUUGACAAGGUGAAGACUGCUGUUGAGAAGGGUGACAUUGGCGAUCUCGAGGGAUAUGUCAACAAGGCUGUUGACCAGGCCAAGGAGAAGGGCUCGCAAGUUGGCAAGGCUUAUGGCUUGGACCAAUACCUUGAUCAGAUCCCCAAUGGUAGUGAAAUUCUUUCCAAGUUGAAGCAGUUGAAGGAUGUUGCCGACAAGCACUCCGAGGAGGGUAAGAAGCUUUUCGAAGAGACCCUCACCGAAGUGAAGAAGGUUCUCGAAAAGAAGUCGGAGAAGGCACAAGAAAUUGCGGAGAAGGCCAAGAAGGAGUCGAAAUAAGUUAAGAGCGGUUGUGCGGAUAGGCUUGAGCCAGCGCACAUGCGCCUGCUGCAUUUUGUAUCAUAGUACCGCGAAGUUAUGACCAUCAUCGCGACGAUAAUUGACGAUACCCAUGACCACAUAAAUUGCCCGAGCUUCCGAAAGUGU